GAUAGUUUACGUUGACAAGAGGCACUGGCCUUUACCUACACAUACAAUCUGAUUUUAAGAGUGAAAAUAGUGACACGCGAAUAUUUUUACCGUCCCCGUCUGUGAUGUCUUUGAUUUGUACAUGACUACAAAACAAUAUACUGCUUUAUAUUUUCAUUAAAUCAACUUAUCAGCUACUUUUAAAAAAUGAGUGAUGCCAGCAUGCUAGUUUUCUUAAGUGUUGUCAUGUGUAUUGGGAGCUUCUUGUCAGGCUCAGUUCCACUGAUGGUAACCUUGUCAGAGGAACGGUUAAAUCUUGUAUCAAUUCUGGGAGCUGGUCUCCUGGUAGGUACAGCUCUUGUAGUCAUCAUACCAGAAGGAACACAGAUGCUGUAUUCUCAAGAAUUGCAAGAUAUAAAACAGAAGUAUGAAAAUGCAAAGGGAACUGCCAAUGUCCCAGACACACAUGAACAUGAAGAAGGAAUUCAUUCAGUGAUUGGUCUUGCAUUAGUGCUAGGAUUUGUUUUUAUGCUGCUCAUUGAUCAGAUUGGCACAUCAAAAUCAAGAGAUCCUGAAAGUGGCACUUCAAGAAAUAGUAGAUCAUUCCAAGCUACUUUAGGCUUAGUCGUUCAUGCUGCUGCGGACGGUAUUGCUUUGGGUGCUGCAGCUACCACAUCUCACGCAGCUACAGAAAUGAUAGUCUUUUUAGCAAUCAUGCUGCACAAAGCCCCAGCGUCAUUCGGUUUAGUAACAUUCCUCUUACGCGACGGCUUAGAUCGAGCUCGUAUCCGUCGAUACCUCCUUGUCUUUUCUCUGGCAGCGCCCCUCGCGGCACUUGCCACUUAUUUUGGUCUUAGUCAAAAGAGCAAGGAAACACUUUCCACUGUUAAUGCAACCGGCUUUGCCAUGUUGUUUAGUGCUGGAACAUUUUUGUAUGUUUCGACCGUGCACGUCUUGCCAGAAAUCGUUAUGCGCUCUGGGGGGCAUUCCCAUCAUCCACCUUCCUCUGAUGGCGACAAAAUUGGAUUCACGCGAUGCGAAUUGCUUGUGCUUGUCUCUGGUGCUCUCCUUCCGCUAGCUCUAACGGCAUUCCAUCAUCACUGAACAUCAAGUGCAUGUACACACACACACCCAACUCCUCCCCGGCAGUUCCAAUGCUCCCCGGGUGAUUUACAGUAACUGUGUGAUUUUAUGCUACAAAGUUUAAAGACGCAUGAAAACAGCAAUUUCCUCUCCCCCCCCCCCUUCACAGCGCGAUACAUGCAGUGCGCAGACGAGUGGUUUUAAAAAAUCCAGUUUUUUCGUUCGUCCAUCUUCUUAUUGUGGUUUGUUAAUAAACUUGAAUAUUUACUGGGAAAA